AUGGUCGAUGCCAAAGUCCAAGAGCUCCUCGCGAAGCCGCGCUCUGAGUUGACCGAAUAUGAAGUCGCUCAAGUCGAGGAGCAUGAGCUCACUACCGGCCCCCUCUCGAUCCUCCAGACUGCCGUUCGCUCCCGCACCCAAGUUCUGAUCUCAUGCCGCAACAACCGCAAGAUCCUCGCGCGUGUCAAAGCCUUCGAUCGUCACUGUAACAUGGUCCUCGAGAACGCGAAGGAGAUGUGGACUGAGACACCACGCUUGGCCAAUGGGCAGUACGGCAGGAAGGUCAACAAGGACCGUUUCAUUUCGAAGCUGUACGUAUCGUCUGCGUUCAAGACGUACGCCAUGCUAACAGCCAGCAGUUUCUUGCGCGGUGACUCUGUCAUUCUUGUUUUGCUAUCAUGA